AUGCAAAUGGCAGACGGCGUCGACUCCACGAGAGCAAGCUGGAGCAUUCAAGAAAAUGAAUUGAUCCCAAAGACGGACUUAAAGUUGCAAGGUAGGAAUUAUUGUCCACUAUGAGAUCAGUGUAUACGAUAUUGAUCACUGUAUACGAUGUGUUUAUUUAUAUUCAAUAUGUGGCGGCAGUGGCGCAAUCUAAGUUGUACGGUGGUACAGUAUUGUACAAGAUGAACAUUAAAUGUGCGAGUACAAGAUGUGCAAUUUAUGAUGACAAUAUUUGAAAUAUCUUUGGUGAUUGUUUUUGUAAUUUUAACUCUCUGCCUACAAUGUUUACAUGCUACGGGUGCCACAGUGUGUGCCUAUUGUAAUUUGGUAUGUCUAUAAAUAUUUAAUUACUCGUAUGAUAUUGGUUUCGCUUGAUCAAUUCUGGAUAAAAGAGGGUCAAGUAACAUCGCCCAUUAACACAAAACAAAAAUUUCGUAAUUUGUGGAAAAAUAGGCACGUGUGCGUACAUGGGCGUGUUUUACUAGCCCAUUACACAAGGGAGCCAAUCCCAGGUCUUAUUGAAGUUAUUAAAUACAAUAUAUAUAGUCGCAGGCUUCAACACUGAACUAUAUAUUACAUAUGUAAUGUAAAUACAUAACUUGAAUAAGACCCUGUGGUGCAUAUAAUGUGAGAACCGUGCACGAUUGUCAUUCUUGUGUGUCAUUCCUUGCUCUUUCUUUGAUGAUGAACCGAUUGAUUGCUCAUAGAAACAUCUGGAAAUUGUUUUGUAUUUAAAAUACUUUGCCAUAUUACAAUACGGUACAAAAUUACAAUGCUAAAACACAACACAUAUUAUGGGAUAUGGCUGGGUUGUAAUCACUGUUAUGUUUGUAAUCAAAGUUUUAUUCGUAAGACCUAUAACCUACAAUCAGUAAUUCAGUACUGUUUUAAGUGUCUAUAAUCACGCACUAUUGUCAUCAGUCCCAGACUCCCAGUGCGCGGUAUGCGUCAAGUGUAUAUUCCGGACAUGCAAUAUUAUACAUGAUCUAAUAAUCAUGACAAUCACCUUGACAAUCACCAAUAAAAUUCUCCAACAUUGCAUCAUAGGGAAAACUUUGCCUUGGGUCGGAAUUGAUAUUGGUGGAACUUUGUCCAAAGUCGCUUACUUUGAAUACUAUGAAAACGGAGAUAACAUAAAGUAUCUUGGGAAUAAUCACACCGCUGUCCAGGACUUCAUCAAAUCAACGCACCAGUACGGCUCAGAUGGCGAGCGGGAUGCCAGGCUUGAAUUAAAGGACGUUCAAUUGGGUUCAAGAAAAGGAAAUUUACAUUUUAUUCGCUUUCCCACGUCCAGAAUGGAUGCGUUCUUUGAGCUUGCUGAAGAAAUGAGGGCGAAAGAAUUAUUACAGAAGAAGGUCUAUGCAACUGGCGGAGGAGCGUAUAAGUUUGACAAUAAUUUUAAAGAGGUAAUGCUAUCUUUGUGUCUUGCCCACCAUCCAACCCCCCCCCCCCAACCCCAUGUUGUAAGCCAAUUUUUCACUAGCCUGCGUAGCCUGCGGUUUUAAGGGUUGGGGUUGAGGCGCGGGCAACGAAAAUUAGGGAGGCGAGGCGCGGGAAAGGGAAUUCAUAUUGCUUAAUGUUUUGUAAUGUAUGUGCGAACAUUUGAUGUCAUAAUGUUAGUUUUUGGGAAGUUGCUAAAAAAUUUUGUUGCUUGGCCAUGGCUUGCUGAAUACUGUGUUACUUACCUUGGCGUUGUUUCGUUCUUUUGUUAUCUCGAAGGUUCUGGAUCUUCAACUGGUCAAGUGUGACGAACUACACUGUCUCAUUCAAGGAAUUCAUUUCAUAGACGCGAACUUUAUUGGAGAGUGUUAUUACCUAAAGUUCUCAAACGAUUCAGCGGAACCAGAAAAGGUUACGUACGAUUUCCAAUCUGCCUGCCCCUAUCCCUUCAUUGUCGUCAACGUAGGUUCCGGCGUCAGUAUUUUGGCCGUACGUUCUUCGAGCGAAUUUGAGAGAAUCACAGGAUCAGCGUAAGUACUAUAGUUAACCUGUCACCGUUCAUGUGAGCACUGGUAACUGGGAAACUCGCCAGAGUGAGACCUGCACGCCCUCUGUUAACGGCUUAACGCAUAUAAAAUUCAAUUUGUGUUCGUAUGAGAUCUCCUUACGUUAGGUGGGAUCUCAAUCAAGUGGGAUAAACUGAUUACGUGGUCAUAUGCAGACAACUGUAUAUUGCAGCCGAAUCGAACCUGACAAGGGCACUCGAUUUUAUUUUUUUUUGGGGGGGGGUUAAUGAAAUGCGAAAUUAGAUCCCUUCUCUAAUCGGAUCUUUGGGGAGCCUCUCGUAGCACCACUUUUUGAAAUAAUGAUAUCGUAAGGAGCUUUUUGUUAAUUGUUAAAUUUUGACCCAUCUUCGCAACAUUUCCCGGUGCAUGGCUAUGCUAAUUACUGGUGCCACCAACAUCUGGCGUAGACCGUGCAGUAUGCUUUGUUGACGUCCUAGAAUAGUAGAUCUAGAGUUAGUAAUUAACUGUGAGAUGUUUAAUUCGUAAUAGUCGAAUAUACAAUCAAGUUUCCAAUCUGAUUUCGAAUACAUUUUUUAUUGCAGUUUAGGUGGUGGCACAUUCGUUGGAUUAAGUUGUCUUCUAACGGGAUGUGACACGUUUGAGGAAGCGUUAGAGCUUGCUGCGAAGGGAGAUAAUAAAACUGUGGAUAAGCUGGUUAAAGAUAUUUAUGGUGGCGAUUACACUAGAUUUGGUUUGCCUGGUGAUGUUGUUGCUAGUAGGUAGGUCAAUGUUUCAGGCACUUCGCCAAAUUCCAAAGAAAGAAACCAGAUUACCUGGAAAAAACUAUUGGUGUUCGCAAAAUUCAAGCCAGUAUAAGUAUUCUUUUCACGAAAAAUUCCGUGUAUUCUUUGACUUUGACAGUUUUGGUUCCAUGAUACUGCAAGAAAAGCGCGACAACGUGAGGAAAGAAGAUCUGGCUUGCGCAACACUCAUGAUGAUCACCAACAACAUUGGAUCUAUUGCUAGGAUGUGCGCCAUUAAUGAGGGAAUAGAUCGAGUGAUCUUUGCAGGAAAUUUCUUACGUAAAAACAAUCUAUCAAUGAGCAUGUUAGCUCGUGCCAUGGACUUCUGGUCUAAAGGAACAAUGAAAGCCAUAUUUCUUGAACAUGAGGUAUUUAGUUGUUUGAAAAUUAAAUUUGAUGAAAUUGCAUGGUAAUAUUUCUGAAAGACAUGCACGAUUUUUAAUUUGGUUUGUCUCUAUUUUUGCAAUUAGGAUACGAAUUAAUCCUGGAUUCAUCGAUUCUUCUGUUUCAUAUUCCUUUAGAGCCUGAAAUAGCGAUCGGACAUUUUCCGAUAAAAUUACAGCUUUUCUGACCAAAUGCUAAUUUGGUCGGACAUUACUAAAAUCACGUUAGUUUAAUUAGCCAUACUGUAUAGCGUUUCGCAUAAAAUAUUAAUCGGAAAGAAAAGCCCGAUUAAAUUUGAAAAUUUCACAUCAGAUUUCAUUUUGGUUGGACAUUUCCCCCAGGCAAUUUUUGACCAUUAUUUCAGGCUCUUUAGGGGUUAGGGGUUGGGGGUUAGAGGUUGGGGGCGGAUUGGGAGUGCUCAGGUAUAUACUUGAACGCCCGAAAUUUGGCUUCACCCAAACAUAGACCUUUAUCAUAGGAGUUAUCGUUCCAGUUUACUUCUAGUUCAAUGCUUCUCACUACGUUUAAGACAAUAUUCUCUCUUUUUCAAUUUCUGUUACAUUCAGGGCUAUUGUGGUGCCGUAGGAGCCUUGUUGGAAUCACUGAGUGACGUCACAUAA